AUGGAUCAAUUGAAGCAAACAGUGGAUCGGGAAGCAGUUCUGAACCUGUUACAGGCACCAAACAAACCACCUGAGGAGUUACUGCUUAAUUAUAAAGGGAUUCUGUACCCUGGUGCUGUUUGCAGUAAGGAGCUGUUUGAGGCACUGGAAACAUUUGAAGCCAGGAAUGAUGAUUUACUGAUUUGCAGCUCUCCCAAAUGUGGUACUAACUGGGUAUUCCAAAUACUAUCUGAAAUGGUGAGCAUAUUAAAAAAUAAAGAAACAGUGCUGGACCAACUAACACUUGAAUUUGGAAAUCUGCAAUUAUUCGAGAGUAAUAAAGCACGACCUUCACCAAGGAUCUUUUCAACACAUUUGAGAUUUCCAACUAUACCAAAGUCUUUCUUUGAAAAGAAUACUAAGAUAUUGCUCGUUAUUCGCAACCCAAAAGAUGCAGCCACCUCCUAUUACCGAUUUCAUAAAAGCUUGCCUGCGCUUCCCACUUACGAUUCCUGGGACUUGUUUUUCAAGGACUAUAUGCAUGGGAAUGUGUGUUAUGGAUCAUAUUUUGAUUAUGUAGCUGAGUGGAACAAACAUAUUGAUGGAGACAAUGUGAUGGCAAUUACAUUUGAAGAAAUGAAAACAGACCUUCUAGCACAACUGAAAACAAUUUCAGAAUUCUAUAGACUUCCUUUGACAGAAGAACAACUUUGUGAGGUAGAACGUCGAACUUCUUUUGCAUCAAUGAAACAGAAAUCUGAAGGCACACAUGGGAAACUUAGUGAAGCUUUCUUCAGAAAAGGACAAGUUGGAGACUGGAAGAACCUCUUUACCGAAGAACAGAGCAAAGAGAUGGAUGAAAAGUUCCAACAAAAGCUUGCUGGGACAAAGCUGGGUGAUUUGCUGAACUAUGAAAAAUAUUGCAAGUUCUAG